AUGUCGACCACUUCUACCUCCACAUCUACUUCGACUGCUACAGCCACGGCCACGGCCUGCACUGCCAACAAUUGGGUCCUGCCCACAGGCGUGACCGACUACGCCUGUGGUGCUGCGAUCUCUGGUAACAUCACCAGUGCCUUCGACGACUGCUGCAAGGGCGACGCCCCUGUCAAGUACAACAACGGCUGCGCGAUCUACUGUUUAGCCCAGGAACAGACCGUGCACGAGCUGACCGAGUGUCUCGAGAAGAAGAGCGGCACCUAUUCCAUCUUCUGCAACACCGAUAAGGGCAAUGAGACCGCGACCGCUGCGGCGACCACCACCCGCACCUCGGCUACUGGCUCCUCCUCCACUUCCAGCUCGACCUCGAGCUCCACCUCGAACGCCGCUGUGCUCAACCAGCCCGUCUCCAAGUCUGGGCUCGGCGUUGUCGCCAUGUUGUUCUGUUCCGCGCUCAUGGGCGUGCUGGCUUAA